AUGGGCUGGUUUGAUGGCGGAGACAAUGCCGCGGCUUUCUUCUCCGACAAAUUCGGGCACAGGGGUUACGUGAUUGCCGGUUUACCUACCGUCGCUGGAGUAGGAUACCUAUUACUCGCUAUAAUAGAGGAUCAAGCAAGGAGCAACAUCCGGUAUCUUGGGGUCUGGCUUGCAGUCAUAGGAGUGUUCCCCUGCCUGGCACUCAACCUUACCUGGGUGCUCAACAACCAAGGAGGUGAAACAAAACGAGGUGUGGGCUUGGCCGUUAUUGCCAUUCUUGGCCAGUGCAGCUCCUUUGUGAGCAGCACUUUGUAUCCGAAGUCAGACGCCCCUUACUUUGUCAAAGGCUGUGCAACAGGCUGUGCCUUGACGUUUAUGAUUACUAUCCUGUCUCUCGGCCUACACUUCAAACUUGCUCACGAGAAUCGCAAGCGAGAUAGGGAAUUUGGCCCCGUGGAAGACCAUGAACAGAUUGAUGUGACAACAUUGGGAGAUAAGCACCCCCAAUUUAGGUACUUCACUUAA